CAUCACCAACGACAGCCAACUCAAUUCCCCCCGCCCUCACAUCAACACCUUAACGUCGCAAACAUGGAGAACGAUAAGGGAGAACUCGUUGACCUUUUGGUCCCCCGCAAGUGCAGCGCAACCAACCGCAUCAUCAAGGCCAAGGAUCACGCAUCCGUCCAGAUCUCCGUCGGAAAGGUCGACGAGAACGGCAGAUACACCGGCGAGAACCAGGUCUACGCCCUCUGCGGCUUCGUCCGCUCGAUGGGCGAGAGCGACGACUCCCUCAACAGGUUGGCACAGCGUGAUGGUCUCCUGAAGAGCGUCUGGAGCGGACAGCAACAAAGAUAAAUGGAUUACAUCCGAUGUUGGGCUGGCCAUGGUGUGAAGGAAGGAAAUUCUGGUGCGGCUGGGAUGCAUGGUUGGCUGAUGCCAAAUGGCGUUGCUGAGAUAGUCAGACGGGGCAGUAUCAAGAACUGAGAACUUUUCACAUCAUUUUGCGGAUUCAUCUCUGAGCGUGUUGUGUUUGAUACGUGACAGUUGUGGAUUUCAGGAUGAGCGACGACAACAGACUAACCAACAGACUUUGAGAGUAUCGCGAAGAUCCUUCGGAUGUGCUUUGGAGACGAUUACGGCUGUGAUGACAGAACAACAACAAAGAAGACUUGCGCUCCUACGAGACUUCCAAUGCAUCAAUGGCCAAGCACAUCUACCACUGAGUCAGGCCUCAAUUCCCGAGAUGCUCAGUUUGUCGAGGAAUCAUCCCCAGGAAGCCACAGCUCGCCCUGCACCCCGAUCACCGAAAUACGACCUCAUCACUCGCUUUUACACGCAGCCUGACCCCUUCAACGUAUACUCUUAUCACCAGGAUCGCCUCCUCUCCCACCACACACCCCACCAUACUAUAUCUCCCACUUCCCCUCUUCCAACAUACCCCUACCAGACACUAUCUCCCCAUCUUUCCCUUCCCAUCCCCUCUUUUCUCCCCGAUCGCGGCACAAGCAACCCUCCUCGAUUCAA